UCUCACACACCUCAUCAGUCUUCUUCCACACUCCACACCCCACUGCCCCCCACUCUCAAAAUGACGGCGCUACCCCUCCGCCGCCUCGCCGCCGCCGCCGGGCCGAUGCUCCUCUUGCUGCUCUCGCUCUCCGCCCCGUACUGGUUAUCCCCGAACCCCGCCGCCGCCGCCGUCGGAGGUUGCCCUUUAGAUUUUAGUUGGGCAAACUUCACACUGGCCUCGGCGGCGUGCUCCGAUCCCAGCCAGAGGGCGGCAUGCUGCCGGUACAUCAACGCGUUCGUGGCCAUAUCCAUUGCCCGGUACGCCAACGCCACGGGCAGGCUCGGUGUCCCGCCGGCGUUCUCGGGGAUCUGCCUCAGCUCGGUGUCGGACAUCUUCAGGCUGCGGGGGAUCGCCACCGACGCCGACGUGUUCUGCGGGCUGGGGCCCAAGAUCAGGGUUUCGUACCAGUGCGCCGGGCGGAGCACCGUGCUGGAGAUGAUGCAGUCCCCGAACUUCAACGACGUCAUCGGCAGUUGCAGGGGCCCUCUGUCCUUGGAUAUUACCUGCAAGACCUGCCUGAACUAUGGCAUCGUGUACCUGCGCCGCCUCAUGGGGUCGGAUGACAAUGUCGCCCUCAGCGUGUGCCGCAACGCGGUUUUUGUCACGCUUGCGACUCAGCAGGGUACUCUUUCGUAUGAUGAUAUUCUCACAUGCUUCUUUGGUGUACAAGGAAUUACCACCUUUCCAGGGCCAUCAUCUGUCACGUCGACGCCAGCUUCUUCUCCUAAUGUCACCGUCGAUUCUCCAGCUCCAAAGAUCAAAAGUUUUCCACAACCACAGAAACAUCAGCAGCAGCCUUACCGGAUUUCCGUGAUUCCAGGGAUAGGGAUAGGUGUUAUAUUGCUUGCUAUAUUUCUUCAAAUCAUCCUAGUGGUGCUAAUUCGUAGAAAGAGCAAGGAAUUGAAGAAUGCUGACCUUCCACCUCAGAGUCCAGAAAAUGCAUUUCAUCAGAGUCAAUCCUGGAGAUGCCCGGAAGGUCAGUCACCAAUGUUUCAAAGGUAUAGCUAUAAAGAAACAACUAAAGCAACAAACAAUUUCAGCACAGUUAUUGGAAAGGGAGGUUUUGGAACAGUCUAUAAGGCUCAAUUUAGUGAUGGCUCUAUAGCCGCAGUCAAAAGAAUGGACAAAGUUUCAAGACAAGCUGAAGAAGAAUUCUGUCGGGAAAUGGAACUCCUGGCUAGAUUGCAUCAUCGCCAUCUUGUAAACCUAAAGGGCUUCUGUAUUGAAAGGAAAGAAAGGUUUCUUGUCUACGAGUACAUGGAAAAUGGAAGCCUAAAGGAUCACCUGCACUUGUCUGGAAGGAAGGCAUUAAGCUGGCAAACAAGGCUACAGAUCGCAACAGAUGUAGCGAAUGCUCUGGAGUACCUCCAUUUCUUUUGUAACCCUCCACUCUGCCAUAGGGACAUCAAGUCGAGCAACAUUCUUUUAGAUGAGAAUUUUGUUGCAAAGGUUGCUGAUUUCGGCCUUGCACAUGCAUCAAGGACUGGUGCUAUCAGCUUUGAAGCUGUGAACACUGAUAUACGUGGAACUCCAGGGUACAUGGAUCCUGAAUAUGUGGUAACUCAGGAACUGACAGAGAAGAGCGACAUAUACAGCUACGGCGUGCUACUACUGGAGCUGGUCACUGGGCGGAGAGCGAUCCAGGACAAGAAGAAUCUGGUGGAGUGGGCGCAGGGAUACUUGUCGUCCGGUGUGAUCCCUCCCGAGCUGGUAGACCCGACAAUCCGGGACUCGGUCGACAUGGAUCAGCUGCACCUGGCGGUCGGCAUCGUCCAGUGGUGCACCCAGAGGGAAGGGCGGCAGAGGCCGUCCAUCAGACAAGUGUUGAGGAUGUUCUCAGAGAGGCUGGACCCAGGGAACGGCAGCUUCGGUGAGGGCAUGGACGACGCCGAAGGCGGGUUCUACCCGAGCCGGAGCAGCAAGUGCGGCGUGAGCCACGGGAACGAGCUGGUCCCCUGCAGCGGGGACAUGCGGUCUCUCCAUUCGUCGUCGAGCACGACGAGGUCGUACUGCAGCCGCAGCAUGCUGCUUGAAGGUGGCCAGGCUAACUCACCCCCCUGAAACCCUCUCUGGUCAGGCUUAAGAAGAGAAAAUUUUGCUCUUGUGCAUGAUAAAACUCAAAUUUGUGUGCUUAGUCAGAACUCGGAGCCGGAAGCAAAAACUUUGAUAGUUAUAUUAUCGGUUAAAUCUGUCAUCGCAGAUUGGUUUUCUGAAA